CAAACCGAUAACGAUAUGGAUAACGGCUAUCAUGCGGCCGCCUCCGGAGUAGCCAUACAUGAGGACGUAUCUGAGGAGGGUUCUAUAAACUAUGAUAAGAUAAAGAAGUUCAUAACUGAUGAGAAAGCAGCACAUAAGUAUGACCCCGCGGUUGUCGGGCAUCAUUGUUUCGCCAACAAGAUUUGGAUUGCGUACGACGAUACUCAGAGUGUGACGGCCAAAGUGACAUACGCUAAGCAGAACUGUCUGCUUGGUUACUUUGCCUGGAACGUUGGAGCUGACGUUAACACUCUUCUAUCCACCGCAGCAUGGAAAGCAUGGUCUGGUUAAUUGACAACCAUAUCGGAUCCGAGGAGUUCCCACAACGAUAAGUGAAUGAAGAUAUAAAUAAAUAAAAGACGACUGAAGAAUAAAACAUGUUUGCUUUAUGUUAUUGUAAGAUAAAAUAAAAUAAAACUCGUCUGUAUGCUUGUAUCUUGUUUUCUGUAUCUAAAAAUAAAAAAA